AUGACAGAUUUGAAUAUAGCAAUUGAAAAUUCUUCUGCUGACGUACGUAGUUCAGAAACACAUGGUUAUAAAUCACGUAAUACUUUACAACGAAAUUCAAUUCUUAUUAGCAAUACUGGAGGUAAUACUGGUACUAAUACUAGUAGAAAUUUUGCUGCUUUACAACAACAUCGUCAAUCAUCAUCUAAUUCUUUUUCUCGAAGUGUACACGAACGUCGUUUUAUUCGAUAUGAAAAUACAUAUCGAAUGGAACCUGAUGACGAACAUAAAGUUGAUUUAGUUCGAAUACGUCAUGUUACAACAAGUGUUAUUGAAACAGUUAUAGCUGGCUAUAAAUAUGAUGCAAAUCAAGCACAACAAUUUGCAGUAGCAUUAGCUGACUUAAUACGCAAUCAAAUGAAACAAUUACCAUUUCCACGUUAUAAAAUUGUGACACAAGUGUGUAUUGGAGAAAAGAAAGGUCAAGAUCUACGUAUUACUAGUCGAUGCAUAUGGAGUCGUAAACAAGAUUGUCAUAUAACAAUUACAAAAGAAACUCCAGAUGUUUAUGUAACGGUGACAAUUUUUUUUAUUUAUACCGAAUAA